AUGUACAAUAAAUUUGCAGAGACAAAUCAAUCUAAACCUUUCUUCAUUCGUAUUCAUCCACUCAGUCCAUUAUCAAACACACACCUGACAAAUAAAAACUUCAUUUGCAAACAUCAUAAUGGAUUAGAUCCAGAACUUCGUGAUCUUGUCUGUAUAUUUUAUUUAUGUUUACGUGGAAUGGAUACGAUAGAAGAUGACAUGACUUUACCUAUUGAACCAAAAGCACCGUUGUUGAGAUCUUUUUAUAAUAUCAGUGAGAAAGGUUGA